AAUGGCCUAAUGAACUGGAACAGGUUUUUCCCAUCGCUGAGACACAGAGGACAGAACCUUCCCCCAGAGCUGCAGCCACACCCCUCUCCACCGCUGCAGCCACACCCCUCUCUACCGCUGCAGCCACACCCCUCUCCACAGCAGCUCCACCCCACAGCUCCUCCACUGCUGGAGCCCACAGCUCCUCCACUGCUGGAGCCCACAGCUCCUCCCUUGGUCAACACUCCUGUAGCUGAAGAACAGGUUGCCAGAUUGAUGGAGAUGGGCUUCUCCAGAAUAGAUGCUCAGGAUGCCCUCAGAGCGUCCAACAACGACAUCAACAUGGCAACCAACUUUCUACUGCAGCAUUUAGGGUAGGGAGGAGUUUGAAAGAUGUAGAACCUGAGAGAGAAAAACAACAACAGAGGGAACAGAAUGAAGAGUGGGUCUGAUCCAGUGAGCAGGGUCCUGGGGGUUUGAGGCCGGGGUGACCAGCCUGCUCUGGAGCUCCAGAGGACUACACAGAGAAUAACUCAACACAGACUACACAAUUACUAGGAGGAAAGGAGAGAGGAGGACAGUAAUGCUGCUGCUGUCCACCGUGCUUCCUGAAGGGUGAAGAGGGCUGUCCACAGUGCUUCCUGGUAGUGGGUACUCAGCCCUGUUCCAGAUAGUUUGGAAACUCUGUUCUGUCACCUUGCUGCUGAAGGACAGAAGAUGGAGGAUCAGAAGGCUGCUAUUCUCAGGGCUUGUUGCAUCUAGUGUCUUCUCUAUACUCUAGCAUUACCGUGGUUCAUUACGGCUUCCUCCACCUCACAUACACCUUCGCCCAGAAAACAUACACACACACACACACAUUCACCAGUCCCUAAAGGUUUUCUUUUGUGUCAUUUGUCCAUGGACAGUGAUUACAGGAGUUUGUUUGCUUGACUUCUGCAGAAUUAAUGUACAAUUCCUCAGAAUUAAUCUAAAAUCUUAAAGGGGUUUGAAAUGAGGAGAAUAUACUAAAUUAUGGAAACUGUCAAUCUUGUAUACUCAAUGAAAAAUGUCUGCACAUGUAAUACUUAGUGGAUGGCUUGUAUGUUUAGCUGCUCAGUGGCUACAUUCUGGUUAACUACACUAUGGAAUAAAAUCAUGGUGACAAGAUAUUAAUUAUUUAAAACUGAUUUUCACAAAAUCAUUGAGGAUUUAACACUUAUUUAUAUAAUUUUUAUUUUUUUGUUUUAUGUGACUGACUGUAUAAACGGAGGUGUGCUUGUUGUUUGGUUAACCUAUGCCUGUGUGUGGUGUCAUUAUGCUACAGAUUACAAAUGAUUAACAAUUUAACAAACUGCUUCCAACCACUGAAAUAUAUGCAAUGUGCUCUGCUAUGGUAACCGUGCUGCCCAUACAGCGUUACAACAGUAUAAUGGCCUAAUGAAUAAACCUACCUCUCACCUUCA